CUCGCGUCAGUUGACUGUGUGUUGUCGGGCAGCACGCACGCCACACCUCGCCGGCACUCGACACCGAUGUCAUUCCAAAUUCAAAAAUUUGAACAUUAAAAAUAAAUAAAAUUUUAUUAUUUAAACAUUUUCUUUAGUGGCCAGUGUUAGUGCUAGUACGGUCUGAGGCGAAUGAUGUGUUAUUUAACAGAUGUGGGAUAGUGGACGUAUCGAAAUGUUAAAAUGAUCGUACUUACGGGACGGGUUUGAAACAGAAACAGCCAGGAGGACGAGCGACAGUACAAUGAACGUGUCCAGAACAAUACGUGAUUUUAAUUAUACCAACAAUGACGUCGUAUACCCUACGGCCGAGUGGUUCGACAACUGUUCGUGGGUGGACGUGGUGUCGUGGGGCUGCAACGUCACCGUCAACGCCACCGCUUCCAACUCCACCAGCACUGACGUCACGUCGCUCGUCCUCAUGGCAGUCACCUCCGUGGUCCUCGCACUCAUCAUACUAGCUACCAUUGUCGGUAACGUGUUUGUAAUAGCGGCUAUAAUAAUCGAGAGGAACCUGCAGAACGUGGCCAACUACUUGGUCGCCUCGCUGGCGGUCGCGGACUUGAUGGUCGCCUGCCUAGUGAUGCCGCUGGGCGCUGUUUAUGAGGUCAGCCAGGGUUGGAUCCUAGGGCCGGAGUUGUGCGACAUGUGGACCUCCAGCGACGUGCUUUGCAGCUCCGCCUCCAUUCUUCAUCUAGUAGCCAUUGCUACUGACAGGUACUGGGCUGUGACUGACGUAGACUACAUCCACAUACGCAACGAGCGGAGGAUCUUCACUAUGAUCUUUCUGGUGUGGGCGGCAGCGCUGGUCGUCUCCCUGGCGCCGCAACUGGGCUGGAAAGACCCCGACUACCUCGCCCGCAUCACGCAGCAGCAGAAGUGCCUCGUCAGCCAAGACCUCGCCUACCAGAUCUUCGCAACCUGCUCAACGUUCUAUGUGCCACUCGCUGUGAUCCUUAUUUUGUACUGGAAGAUCUUCCAGACUGCCCGAAGACGGAUUAGAAGGAGACGAGAGGCGCCCCCUCCCCGCCCUGCGUCCGCUGACGGCGCUCCACCUUCAGGCCGCCCAGUACAAUCAGCAAGGGACAGGCGGUUUGUAAAGAAAAGGUUUCUGAACUUGAAGAAGUGUAAUCAGCGCACCAGAGCGGAGACUCUUGCAGCCGCGCUGUUACUGACCGAGGGUCAAAGCACCUCUACCGUUGAUACUUUAGACGAGGAACCAAGAACCACAGCGUUCACGAUCAACGAAAAGGCUCCCUCAGUAUCCCCAGAAAAGUCUUCCUCAACAGUCACAAAUGGUUCGAAACCAGAGAGAGCUAUCGUUCCCGCUCCCACUCAUAGGGAGAAGAAGGAAUCCUUAGAAGCAAAGAGAGAAAGGAAAGCUGCCAAGACCCUCGCCAUUAUCACGGGGGCGUUCGUGUUCUGCUGGCUACCGUUCUUCAUAAUGGCGCUCGUGAUGCCGAUAUGUCAAACUUGUGUAAUCAGUGACUACCUCGCGAGUUUCUUCCUGUGGCUCGGCUACUUCAACUCCACGUUAAACCCCGUCAUCUACACGAUCUUCAGUCCGGACUUUCGCCAAGCGUUCGCUCGGAUCCUCUUCGGCACUCACCGGAGGGGGAGGAAUAAAAAAUUCUAACAAAAAUGUCAUUACUACGUGUACAACUGAGACGUCUGAAAGGCGCUCGAGGACUUUGCUAUAUGUAAUAUAUUUCGCUUCAUGUAUGUUAUACAUACUAGUGUCUAGUGUAAAUACGUUUCUCUGUACAUAAUAAAGUGUAAAUGAGUAGGAUGUUGAAAUUGUUUUCUAACGCGUAUAGUCUAUGAGCCGCGGCGAGGUCCCUCACGAGUCCAGGGGGACCCCGGCGCCCGCCGUUACGUUGUUUCAAGUGACAUUAUGAAAUAAAUAUUUAAAUUAU